AAUAACAGCAAUCUAACAAUCUAAUAAACAGGGAAAUAAAAAUCAACCAUAAAAGUACUAAUUGUGUUCCACAUCAUGUCUGCCGAAAUUGAGGAGCUACUGAAACGUUACCAGAACUAUCCGAAUGUGGUUGGCGUGAUUAUUUUGGACCCAUUCGCCAUCCCCAUCAAGACGACCAUGGAGUACACUCUGACCGUGCACUACGCGGCCCUGAUCAGCACAUUGACGUACAAGGCGGCCAAAAUGGUCUCCAACUUGGACGCGAGCAACGAGCUGAUGAACAUACGCCUGCGCACCAAGGUGCACGAGGUGAUCGUGGUGCCCUCCGAGAACUACAUCAUCAUCGUGGUGCAGAACCCGGGCACUUGAUUCACCCAGUUCCAGCUCCAGUUGCAGUUCCAUUUCCAUCCAAUAAACCACUCUCCUGUGUUGUUGCCCGAUUGCAA